AUGGAUGCCCCUCGACCAAGACAACAAGAAUUCUUCAGCAUAAAGUUUGCCAAAGCUGUUUUGUGUGAAUUCGUAGCCACUGUGAUCUUCAUUUUUAUUGCCCUGGGCUCAGCCAUGAAGUGGCCCUCAGAACAGCCCAGCAUCCUCCAAAUCUCCUUGGCUUCUGGCCUCACCAUAUGCACCUUGGUUCAAGCCUUCGGUCAUAUCAGCGGAACCCAUCUCAACCCAGCCGUGACUGUUGCCUACUUUGUUGGCAACCAGAUUUCCAUCAUCCGUUUGGUGCUUUACGUGGUGUUGCAGCUGUUGGGUGCCAUCAUCGGUGCUGGAAUUCUCUACACUGUGACACCUCCAGAAGUCCGCAGAACGUUACCCCUCAAUGAACUCUCCUCUGGGAUAACACCUGGUGAGGCACUGGUGGUAGAAACCAUCCUAACCUUCUCUGUGGUUAUGUGCAUCUUCUCUUCUACGGAUAAACGGAGGACAGAUAGCAGAGGCAAUUCAGCUCUGUCUAUUGGACUGGCUGUCACCAUGGCUCAUCUCACUGGGAUUUAUUAUACUGGAUGCUCCAUAAAUCCAGCCAGAUCCUUUGGUCCUGCUGUCAUCAUGGAAACAUUCAAUGGAUCUCACUGGGUCUUCUGGAUUGGACCUUUUCUUGGGGCUAUCUUCGCCUCCGUCAUCUACAACUACCUGCUCUACCCUCGCAAACUGAGCAUGGAAGAGAGAAUCGCUAUUGUGAAAGGAUUCUUUAUUCCAGAAUAUGAAUGGAGAGACACCCCAGAAGCAGGACGGACCUGGACUUGAAUAUGUGCCAGAUUAUCAUGCCAAAACAGUUGUAACGGCACCCGCACAUACUUGUUACAAUAAUGUUGAACACACAGGAAUCGUGUUGUCCAACCAUUGCAAAAGAAAACAGCAUGUUGAGGCUCCCUAGUUUAAAAACAGAUGAACUAGCAUGGCUCCUUACAUAAACUAAUCCAUACUCUGCUGAAGACCACACCCAUAGCAGGCCAAAAAAACCACGAAACUGAUCAUAGAGCCCCUCUUUAUGCCAGAUGUUCAAGAGAUUCUAUAUGGUACACCCUGAAAGGGGAUGAGUGUGAUGUUUAAACAUGUAAGCAUAAAUGUUGGCAUUGCCUCUAGCCAAAAUUCAGGCUUGUCUGGUGUCAUAUAACUGGCAUUCAGGAAGGGCAGGAGGCUUAAUCUCCAUCAGCCCAUCAGCAUAUUAAGACUUCCCCGCCAAGCCAGAGGCUGGGCCUACUGGGUAGCUCUGACUCAUGGGGCCUCAUCUCUUUCCCCCCCCCCAUCUGAACCUGCCCAUCGGUUUUGGAGGCCAGCAGUAGUGUUGAGCUUUACUGUUCGGCAGCUCAGGAAAGGAUUUUAAAAAGCAUUAAAAAAUGCUUGGCUGCUGCCUGAAGCACUUGGGUCAACCAUCCACGUGACUUCACAA